AUAACUGUAUAUAAUCUCUGUGAAACCUUUAGCAUCCAAUUUUGUAAUGGGUUCAAUAGGGUGUAACAGAGGAUACUUUAUUCACAUCAACUUACCUGUGUGUGUGUGUAUGUGUGAGGGUGUGUGUGUGUGUGUGUGGCCUACGUGUGAGUUGAACGGAAAUAACCUUAUCUCCCUUUGAGGGGAAAGUGCUCAGUUGGACCCAUUUGCCGCAGAGCGACACUAACAGCGUUCACUUGCUAUUAAACGGCGGCGCAGAGACAAUAAAACUAAGAGUUUUGUCCCAUUGGAGAUGUUUUCACUUCCUCUGCCUGAUAAUACCACAGCUUCUGCUGAGAUGGAAAGCCUCCUCACAAUAAACGGUUUAAAUGGCCUUGCCUCUACCCACCGUGCUAUUACAGCGUCACACGGUGUGUUUGCUCAGGACGUUUACGACCCUGUGAGGUGGUGGCCACACAGGAAACUCUGUGAUGACACGGGUAGGACGGCAGGUUCUGGAGGAAACGUUGAGCAUUAGUCCAUUUUCAUUUGUUUGCUUUGUAUGAUAAUGUCGCGGGUUGUGGUGUUGAACGAGGAAAUCCAACAGGAUACAUGUGUCACACUGUUCGCUGCAGAGCUUCCGGUGGGUAAUUUAUUCCUGACAAAUAUCUAACUUCACAAGGGAAUUCCAUGUGGUUGUGGCUUCAAGCUUGAAGAUAACUCUCUGGAGGACCAGCGUGAAGGAUUCAGGGGGGAUCUAAUGGCAGAAAGGAAAUAUAAGAUCAAUAAUCAUGUUUUCAUUCCUGUAAACACCUGAAACUAAUGAUUAUUGUGUUUUCUUAAGCGUAGAAUGGAGCGGUUCCAUGUUGCACUGCCGUGUUUCUACAGAAGCCUGGAUUGGACAAACCAAACACCGGCUGCAGAGAUGGACGCUCACGUUCCUGCAUUACUCCUACUCGCAUAUUGUAUUAAAUCUGCAGCCGCACAGCCACAGACGCCACUACAUUCUACACUCUGGUCCUUUAAAUCCGUCUUAUCAGCAGAAAGGCAUCAGAACAGUGUGGAACAGAGGAUUCAGUCACGAGUCGUACAAGCAAGGUUCAGCAGGACUUCAGAGUGAAGACUGUAAAACAUAAAACACAAACACGUGUAACUGGUUCAUAUGACAAAAAAACUGAUUGUGAAUUAUCUCACCAGAAAUGUGAGAUGACGGGAGACUACACGUGCUUGAGAACUGGCACAUUUAGUUAGUGAAACCACAAUAACAUAACAAUAUACUUUUAACCAGUAUAGCAAUAUGUGUAUUUCAACACUGCUACUUAAAUUUGUACUUACUUGUGGAGUUAGAAAACUCUGAAUUCAUCCUACCUGGUUAAUCUGCAAUUUAGUUUAAAUUCAUUCAGGUUAAGUGCAUUUUCUCGGAUGUCAGUGAUUCUUUCUUGUUAGUGCGUCAUUCAAACUCUUCCUGAUUCCCGGCCUCAGCCUCUCAGAGACUCAUUUGUUUCCUGAAACUCACCACAACUAGCAAAUGUAAACAUUCUGAAAAUUGGUUCAUUGGUUCUUAAGGGUUUUGGAAUCAUCCCCUCAGCCUGUCAGACCUUUUAGUUUUACACAGUUUCCAGGAGGCACGGGACAAAGAGUUUAUUGAAAAAUAAGGAAAGUGAUUAAAAGGCGUCCAGUGGAUGUUUGUGAUCAGAACUCAGCAGCCCGUGUGUUUUCCAUUGUCAGGCUCAAAGCUGGUUUUCUCAGAACGAGGUGUGACUGGUGCACUGACUUUUAUAGAGUUAAUCUGCCCUGCUUUUAUUACAGACGAUAUUUAUCAGCUCCACACAAGCCCUCACUUUUAUGGCCUCCUUUGACCUUUGCUCCUCUCACCACACAAGCCUCCCCCGCCUCUGUCUGUCCUCACAACCAACCUGAUUGUUUUUAAGGGCUAAAUAUUUGUCAGCACUGGUUCCACCGUCUACAUAUAUGUUUUAUUUAAAGUCUUGAAACUAGAAUUGAUCUGUUCUUGUCAUUGUAAAGAUAUUAAAGAGGUGGUUUUAUUCUCAUACUUACACACAGAAAAACCUGGUCAUGAAUGGAGAUUCGGGAAAUGAUCCCUGAUUUUAUUCAGGUAGAAGAUGAAACAUAGAGAAAGACACAAACACAGUGAAUCCUUAUGAUCUUGGUGAGUUUCUGAAAAGAGAAGUCAAUCCAGAGGGGGUGUGGGAGUCCCUCCUGCCCCACCCUCCCUCUGACUGGUGCAUGGACACCACCCAGUUGUUCAUUAACACAUGCAGGACAGGUAGACCAGCCCAUACCAAGGUGGAGGAUUAUUGAUCUCCGUCUCGCAGCAGAGGAGCAACUGUGGAGCCUGUUCCUCUUCUCCUCUGGCCAUAUUUACUGAAAGAGGCUCAAAUCAAUAUAUAUCUGACACUGAAGUUGAAGUUCUUCUCCUCUGUGGAUGCUGGACGACUGAAUCAAGUUCUGCUUAGUCCACGAGGAGUUCCCUUCUGCUUCUGGACGUACGCUGUCGAUGGAGAGGAUCUGCUCAGGCGGACGAACGUAAGGAGCAGCUUUCUUUGAUCUGAGCAGAGUUGUAUCUGUUCCUUGACAUGUAGAGACGGUGGAGGACACUUCUGAUCGGACGAGGAAAACCCAAGGAUCAAGAUGCACAGCGCACACAGUUUACUUUACCUGGCAGUGCUGAUAGGAGGGGGGGUGGUCGGCCACAAGAUGCUGGACUACUGUUUGGCCUCCCGUCGUAAAUACACCAUCAAUGUGGUUCUGCUGGAGGACAAUACGUACGAGUGGAGUCGACCACUGGUGCAGGCGGCUGUGGAAAACGCCAUCGAGGAGGACACGCAGGAGAACAUUAACAACGAGUUAAAUUUCACUUUGACGGCGAACUUCAGCGGCGUGGACACCACCGUGUACAACCGGCAGGGCUGUGGCAGCAGCACCUGUGAGGGAGUGGCCAUACUCAAGAGGCUCUAUGAUAAAAAAGAAGUUGGUUGCGUCAUGCUGGGGCCUUCGUGCACUUACGCCACCUUCCAGUUAGUGGAUGAUGAACUUGGCCUGAGCUUGAGCAUCCCCAUCAUCUCCGCCGGGAGCUUCGGCCUCUCGUGCGACUACAAGCCCAAACUGACCCGGAUCCUGCCUCCGGCUCGCAAGAUCUCAGACAUGCUGCUCAACUUCAUCAACGAAACUUUGCCGUUCAAAGAUCCGUGGAAAACCGUCUACGUCUACAAGAAGUCCAGCAACGUGACCGAGGACUGCUUCUGGUACAUCAACGCUCUGGAGGCCGCCUCUGCCAACUUUGCCAAAGGGACCAACAGGCACAUGCUGCGUGGUGACGUGGAGCUGAGCGACGCCCUGACUACCAAGAAUAGACUCAGCAACAUUUUCAUCUUGUGUGGGAGCCGUGAUGAGAUCGUCUCAGCGAAGAGGAGUGUGAGCCAGGUAGACCCGGACAUCAUUUUCCUUCUCCUCGAUAUUUACAGUCCUGAUUAUCAUGUCAACACGAUGUCCAAUGAGUUCAUGAGGGACGUGCUGGUGAUCACUCUGCCACCGAGGAACUACAGCUCUGAAUCUAACACAACGUACAACAACACGAUAAAUGACUACGUGGCCGGGUAUCACGACGGCACGCUGCUGUUUGGCAAAGUGCUCAGAGAACGGAUGCUCAGCCAGCAACAGAACAGGGCAUCGGUGGAUGUGCCUCUGAAUUUCAACCCGUUUGGAAACGCCUCUUUUUACGGUAUGGGAGGACACUACGUGCUCGAUGAAUAUGGCGACAGAGAUGUCAACUUCUCGAUGCUCUACACCUCCCCCAUCACCGGCAGGUAUGAAACCCUGUUAGCGUUCGACACGUCGCGUAAUGAAUCCAGAGUGACCAACCCGCUCCCCAUCCUGUGGUGGAAACACAACCGACUGCCUCAGGACAAGCCAGAGAGACCACACAGUCUAAAUAUGCAGGAUGUGAUUGUGAUCGUGCUGAGUCUCAGUGUCAUCGUGGUGACGGCCAUCGCUCUGAUCUUCUACAGGCAGAACAGGAAAGAACGUCUUAUGCAGAAGAAGUGGUCUCACAUCAGCCCGCUCCUGAUUGGUCCACUGGAUGAGAAGGAAGUCUCACUGAAGAUAGAUGAAGUCAAAAGGAAGGACAGCAAGUACUUCUCCCAUCGAGGACGAUAUGACAAGAAGCCGGUGAUCUUGAAGGAGCUGAAGCACUUAGACGGCGACUUCAACGAGGACCAGAAGAUCGAGCUCAACACCCUGCUGCGCAUCGAUUACUACAACCUGACCAAGUUCUACGGCACGGUGAAGUUUGAGUACGGAGUGUUUGGGGUGUUUGAGCUGUGUCAGCGGGGAUCCCUCAGGACCAUUCUCAACGACAGGAUCUCCUACCCUGACGAAACUUUCAUGGAUAUGGAAUUCAAGAUCUCAGUCAUGUAUGACAUAGCAAAGGGAAUGUCCUAUCUCCACUCCAGUAAUAUUGCAGUGCACGGACGCCUCAAGUCCACCAACUGUGUGGUGGACAACCGUAUGGUGGUGAAGAUCACCGACUUCGGCUGCCACACCAUCCUGAGACCAGGCAGAGAUGUGUGGACGGCCCCGGAGCAUCUCCGUAAAGGCGGGGUGUCUCAAAAAGGUGACGUCUACAGCUACGCAAUCAUUGCCCAUGAGAUCAUUAUGAGGAAAGACCCGUUCUACACACAGAACUGCUCGGAUAUUAUAGAGAUGAUCCACAGAGUUCAGUAUCCCACCGACGUGGUCAUGUUCAGACCUCACCUCAACUUCGACAGCGCCUCAGCGAACGAGAUCGAGUUGUAUGUGCUCAUAAAGACCUGCUGGGACGAAGACCCAGAGCGGAGGCCAGAUUUUAAGAGAAUAGAGGGAACUCUGGGUAAGAUCUUCAGUAACCUGCACAACCAAGCCACGGAGACGUACAUGGACAAUCUGAUCCGUCGCCUGCAGAACUACUCCAGGACUCUGGAGCGUCUGGUGGAGGAGAGGACGUGUCUGUACAAAGCUGAGAGGGACCGAGCCGAUCGCCUCAACUUCAUGUUGCUGCCCGGCCCUGUGGUGCGGUCACUGAAGGAGACGGGUCGGGUGGAGCCGGAGCUCUUCGAGGAGGUGACUGUUUAUUUCAGCGACAUCGUGGGAUUCACCACCCUCUGCCACUACAGCACCCCCAUGGAGGUGGUGGACAUGCUCAACGACAUCUACAAGAACUUUGACAGCAUCCUGGACCACCACGACGUCUAUAAGGUGGAGACGAUAGGAGACGCGUACAUGGUUGCGUCGGGUUUGCCCAGACGCAACGGCGACAGGCACGCAGUGGACAUCGCUCACAUGGCCCUGGACAUCCUGUCCUUUGUGGGGACGUUUGAGCUGCAGCACCUUCCUGGGAUCCCCCUGUGGAUCCGCAUCGGUGUGCAUUCAGGUCCUUGUGCGGCAGGAGUGGUGGGAAACAAGAUGCCUCGCUACUGUCUGUUCGGAGACACAGUGAACACGGCCUCACGCAUGGAGUCCACAGGCCUGCCUCUGAGGAUUCACGUGAGCCACUCCACCAUCAGCAUCCUGCAGAGGACGGACUGCGAGUUUCAAUACGAGCAGAGAGGAGAGACGUACCUGAAGGGUAAAGGUAAAGAGAUGACGUACUGGUUGACUGGGGUGACUGGGGGGAAAUACAACCUGCCGACACCACCCACAGCGGAGAACUUCCAGCGGCUCCAGCAGGACCUGGCGGAGAUGAUAGUGACCGGCCUGGAGAAGACAGGCGGGGGGAGGGAGGGCUUGGAGAAGAGGAAGACACUGUCCACCAAGGUCCGUCGCAGGGAGACGAGCGGCAGCGUCCAGAGCGACGGCCAGCCGGAGUACUUCCACCUGGCUGUGGCUGACAACCCCAGCACCUUCCUGUGAUUCCACCCGAACUCCUGAUCUGCCCGGGGAGUAGACUUUGCAAAAGUGUGUGUCCUGUCUGAAUCAGCUGGUUCCACAGGCCAGCUCCGCUCACCAGGGGGUCGAGUGACUGGAGAGCAGCUGUGGAACGAGCAGGACUGUGGAAGGUGAGACUUCCAUGUGCUCAUGUCGCCAUGAACUCAGCUGUUAAUGGGUUUGUGUCUCUUUUUCUACCCCGACAUCGAUUCCUCUCACUUCUCACAAACCCCACAUCCUUCUCUCCCCCCCCUCUGUCACCAGAAAUGAACCACUUCAUUACAUUGUCUUGUUUUUCAUUAAAAGCACAAAUCCAUGUUAUAGACAAGCUUUAUUCUUCCUGGAUUCUGUGGCACUGACCCAGUUUCACACAGACCUGCUGUUAUAAUAUGUAUGGAGCAACCAAAACCCAUUAAGAGAAAAACACUGGCAAUAUAUAUAUAUAUUUUUAACUAUGUGGAACAGACCAUUGUUAUGUAACGAUACUCGUCACUUUAUUAUUUACUGUCUACCAUAGAGUUAUUUUCGAUACUACAACUUUUUCUAAUUCUCAAAAAACUGAAUCAGUUAAAGUCAGUUCUCUGAAAACAAGGAAUCCAAUAUAUGAAGUGGACCCUGCUGACUUUACUUUACAAAAGUUCUCUGUUGUUGUUUUCUGCUGGACACUCACUGAUUGAGUUUGACUAACAUAUUUACCGUGUAAAUAGAAUUUUCUGCUGGAUCCACUCAGUAUGUGUCAAGAACAUUUCUCCUCUACGCCACAACACCAGGAAAUGUUUCUGUCAUGAUUUUUGUUCUGUGUUUUAUUAAAUGAUGUUUGACACGUGGCAACGGUU